AUGUCUGAUCAAGGGAAAACUCCAGCCAAGGUCCCUGAUAGCCAGCCAGACCCCGUCAUGGUCGGACCGGGCCUGAAAGCGUUCAAGGAAGAUGCCUACAAGGAGGCAACGAAUGCGACACCCAGUCUGCCGGCCGAUAAGAACCACCCCGCUGACAAUGAUGCGCCCUCCUACUUUGCCAAUAUCCCAGGUGUCAAGGCCGAGGCACUCGACACAACGCAGACUCGGUCGCAGCCCCGAAGGAGGAAGAUGUCCUCGGGUGAGGAACUUCUGCGACGACUCAGUCUCACGGGCGACGCAUCGCCCAUGACACCGGAGAUUGAUCCCCGUUCGCAACAUCCGGGAUUGAAGUUGAGCGGUCGAUUGAUCAGUGCCGCAUUCUGCAUUCCCUACAAGGUGUAUCACAAGAGCGGUUCCGACUGGGAGCUCAAGCCGCGAUCCGGCACGUCGGCCCUCUUCGAUUCCUUCAAACACCUUGCAUCAAGCGAGACGCAGUGGUCUCACACCCUGGUGGGAUGGACGGGCGAGGUGGAACCCAUCGUGGAGACCAAGGUUCCUCUGCAGCAGGCGGUCGCGAAUACCACGGCCAAGCUCCCGGCAAGCGCCACGGCCGCGGGCGCCAUGGGGAUCAACAAGGCGGCCGCACCGAUCCCGGUCGAUGCCAGCCAACACCCUCCAUCCAACCCGCUGGUGGAUGGAAUCAGCGUGGAGAAGGCGGAGCGGGAGCGACUGGACGAGCAACUGGCCUCGGGACGGUAUGGCCGCAUCCUGCCGGUCUGGCUCUCGGACGAGCCCGAGGAGCCCCAGGAUAGCAUCCUCCUCAAAGACCAGGGCCGCUGGCGCCGUUACGCCGAGCGAGAGCUGUAUCCUCUCCUCCACUACAAACAGCAUGGCCCAACCGAUGGGCGGUCGGAGCAGCGCUGGUGGGCCGACUACACCCGUCUGAAUCAGUUGUUCGCGGACCGCAUCGCCGCCGACUACCAGGAAGGCGAUGUGGUCUGGAUCCACGACUAUCAUCUCUUCUUACUCCCCAGCCUGCUGCGCCAGCGCAUUCCCAACGUCUACAUUGGCUUCUUCUUGCACUCCCCCUUCCCCAGUAGCGAGUUUGUGCGGUGCCUGGCCAAGCGCAAGGAGGUUCUCACGGGCGUCCUCGGCGCCAACAUGAUCGGAUUCCAGACGUUUUCCUACUCUCGCCACUUCUCGUCCUCCUGCUGCACUCGUGUUCUGGGCUUCGAGUCCAAUUCCGCCGGCGUCGAUGCCUACGGGGCCCACGUGGCCGUGGAUGUUUUCCCCAUCGGCAUCGACGCGCAGGCCAUCCAAAAGGCGGCCUUUGGAGAGCCCGAUCUGGAGAAGACAGUGGACGGCAUUCGGAAGUUGUACGCGGGGAAGAAGAUCAUCGUCGGGCGUGACCGUCUCGACAGUGUCCGCGGUGUGGCUCAGAAGCUGCAGGCCUUUGAGAUCUUUUUGGAGAGAUACCCCGAAUGGCGGGACAAGGUCGUUCUCAUCCAGGUGACCAGUCCGACCAGUGUAGAGGAAGAGAAAGAAGACCCGGAGAACAAGAUUGCGGGCCAGAUUGCCAACCUGGUCUCUACCAUCAACGGCCGGUUUGGAUCUCUCAGUUUCUCCCCCGUCCAAUACUACCCGCAGUACUUGUCCCAGCGGGAGUACUUUGCGCUUCUGCGGGUAGCUGACGUCGGACUCAUCACGACCGUCCGUGACGGCAUGAACACCACGAGUCUCGAGUACAUCGUCUGCCAACAAAGUAACCACAGUCCCCUGAUUCUGUCCGAAUUCUCCGGUACCGCGGGCACUCUGCCCAGUGCCAUUCACAUCAACCCGUGGGAUCUGGUGGGCGUUGCCGGGGCGAUCGACAAAGCCCUCAAGAUGCCGGUCGACCAACGCAAGGACCAGCACCUGAAGCUGUACAAGCAUGUGAUCACGAAUACUGUCAGCACCUGGUCCCUCAUGUUCCUCCACCGCCUCCUCACCAAUCUCUCGUCCUUUGACCAGUCCGUGGCCACUCCGGCUCUGGAUCGGGGGAAACUCCUGAAGCAGUACCGCAAGGCGCGGAAGCGCCUCUUCAUGUUCGACUACGAUGGCACCCUGACCCCGAUCGUGAAGGAUCCCCAGGCGGCCAUUCCCUCCGACCGCGUUCUGCGCACUCUCAAAACCCUGUCCGCAGAUCCCCGCAAUGCCGUUUGGAUUAUCAGUGGCCGCGACCAGGCCUUUUUGGACGAAUGGAUGGGCCACUUGCCCGAACUGGGCCUCAGUGCCGAGCACGGAUGUUUCAUUCGCCAGCCGCGAUCGGAGGACUGGGAGAAUUUGGCGGAACAGAGUGACAUGGGCUGGCAACGAGAGGUGAUUGAAGUGUUCCAGCACUACACGGAACGCACCCAGGGCUCCUUCAUCGAGCGUAAACGGGUAGCCCUCACCUGGCACUACCGCCGUGCCGACCCGGAGUACGGUGCAUUCCAGGCACGGGAAUGCCGCAAGGCCCUGGAGGAUACGGUCGCGAAGAGAUGGGACGUGGAAGUGAUGGCUGGCAAGGCCAACCUGGAAGUGCGCCCGACCUUUGUCAACAAGGGCUUCAUUGCCACCCGGCUGGUCAACGAAUAUGGCUCGGCGCCCGGCGAUGCCCCCGAGUUCAUCUUGUGCCUGGGUGAUGACUUUACCGAUGAAGACAUGUUCCGUGCGCUCCAAAAGUUCAAUCUCCCGCAGGACCAUGUGUACUCGGUCACGGUGGGUGCCAGCUCCAAACAGACCGAUGCGAGCUGGCACCUGCUUGAGCCGGCGGAUGUGAUCGGUACUCUCCAAAUGCUCAAUAGUACCUCGUACCAGGACCGUUAG